UGUGCUGUCCUUCUAGUUUGGCAAGUUCCCUAGGCUCAAAGAAGCGUAGAAAGGCGGAGAAGAGGGCAGAAACUCACAUCCCCGCACAUUUAUACACUUCGCUUGUCCCGCAGACGUUAUACGGUGAGUUGAAUGCGGCUUACUGGAUUCUUUAAAGUUUCUCCUGCGUAUACGCAUUGUAUUUGUCCAUGGAUUUUGCCACGUUUCGAUACUCUUGCUAGAGCCAUCGCAUGAAACUUGGCCGCGGUCUGACUGCAGAGAGGAGUCAUGGAGUCUGCUAUUCAGACCAUGGUGAAGGUCUUCCUGAAGUCAACCAAAGGAAAGGAGAGUCUAGGAAAGAAUCAGUUCCAGAACCUCGUCAAAAACCAGCUCUCCAACAUCCUUUCGGAUACAGAUAGCAAGGAGGCGGUCAACAACAUGGGCCAGGGUCUGGAUGCCGACCAGGACGGCAAGGUUGGUUUUGAGGAAUACAUGAAGCUGGUCGGCUACUUGGCUGUCUCGCUCAGUGAUCAACGUACAGCUGCCAAAGAGGAGCCUGCUCAAAAUAAUGCUUCCGAACAAGUGGCUCUCGACAAAGAGGAGGUGAAGCCAGAGGCAAACGCAGAGGCCAAAGAGGAAACAAAGCCAGAAGCGAAUGAAGAGGCAAAGGUAGACGCAGUUGCUAAAAUAAAGGUAGAAGAAAAUCUAGUUGCUAAGGCAGAAGCAAAGGUAGAAAUAAAGUCAGAGGAGGAAACGCAUCCUGAGGCAGCGAAGGAGGAGGAGAAACCAGCCGCAGCAGUGGUGACAGCAGCAUUAGAGGAGGCAACACCGACGGUGGAAAUGGUUGUGAAAGAAGUGGUGGUGAAAGAAGAGGAGAUCAAGGUGGAAACAGAAAAGGUGGAGGAAGCCGUUGAGAAGCUGGCUGAUGCUGUGGAGGAAGAAGCGGAGAAGAAGAUCGAGGAGGCAACCUCAUAGGGGACAAUCCAUUCCUUCACAAAAAAAGAAAUCACACUACAUUCUUACAAUCAAUACUACACAAAUCACAGCAUGAAUGCCAAAAAUGUGCCACUAAAGAGAUUUUUCGUUCAAAUACAGACAACUUGUAAUACAAAAUAUUGGUAAAAGCUCACAACAUUACAAACCGAGCUGAAGAAACCCCAUUCCUCUUUUAUGAUAAAUAUGUACAUGACAUUGCUUUGUACUACUAUUUACCACUAUGUCUAUAUGUACAGCAUGUGCAUCCCACUAUAUAGCACAUUUACCUCAAUAUGAUAAUAUACUAUGAUAGCAUGCAGAAGUACACAUCAUAUGCAUGCCAUAUCCCUGUGAAAAGUUUACUGCAAAAUAUGAUUUACUCUCAGCAGCAUACUGACACACAAAGUGCCACUGCAGUCAAGAUCUCAAGUUUAAAUACCGUCCUUUCCCCAAUAAUAUCUUUAUUUUGGACUUUUUAAAAACUUCUCUACUGACAAAACCUUGGUCAUUGGUAGAACAUCAGCUGUACAGAAUAAAAAUGGCAGUAUAGAUAUUUCUUUGUAAACACUAAUUACUUAAAGGAAUAGUUGACAUUCUGGAAAUUACGCUUUUUAUUUUUCUAGCCUCUUUUAUUAAUCUAUUAUGAAGCUUCAGCCAUUAGCCGGUUAGCUAAUUUGAGCACAAAGACUGGAAACUAGGCAACAGCUAGCUACCAUAUCUCUGUUUGAUGGUAAAACCCAUCUACAAGCACCUCUAAAUCUAGUAAAUUGACAUGUUAUAUCUGGGCAGUUAAGACUGCAACUCUUGUACACUAAAAUAUGUUAAUAAGAGAGCUUUCGAAGUGUUGGUAGAUGGAUUUUGUUAUAAACUGAACUAAGCUAGCUGACUGUUUCCAGUAAUAAUGCUAUGCUAAGGUGGUUGUAGCUUAGCCAUGCAGAUAAAAGUGAGGUGGUAUCAAUAUUCUUAGCUAACUCUCAGCAUUAAUGCUAAUCAUUUCCCAGAACAUCAAAGCUUCUAAUGGUUGCUUGGAAAUCUGUCAAUAACAACAUUUUUACAUUCUUAUCUUUUAACUCGCAAUGCUUUGUAGCUGUUUUGGCAUGACAAUAAAACUAAUUGUUUUGCUGAAGAUUUGCAUUAAUUCAACCCGUCUUUAUUGUGUACUCCUCCCCAUCCCAUCCCAUCCUCAUCUCUUUCUCUCUCUCCCUCUUUCUAGUCUACUGUAUGGACUAUCUGUCGCUUUCUUUUGGUUUCUGUAAUUCCCAUAAAAGUUCACCCCAAGUGUAUCUUACAGUAUAUUCCAAUAGCUCCAUGUCAGUUAUAGAUUAUGCAAUGGAAGAUCGAGUUUGGUCCUAAAUAAUUAAGAACGAAAUCCACACCAAAGGACCCUUAUGGUCAAAUGGGAGCCAAAAUGAGUCCCAUGGGAGUGGGCUUUUGACUAAAGGAACCUAUUCCACCUGGAUUCGAAUUGGUAGACAAGAACAAGAUAACAAACACCUAGAAGUAAGGAAACCCGUAACAGGUGUCACUUGGUGUCAGUUUUUAUCUCAAGUACUUACCAAUACAACUAGUUCAUUUGUUUAUGUUAUGUCAAUGGUAUUUAAGUGGUUAUUGAUCCAAAAAUGUGCCGGUGCAUUAUCCGGAGGGACCAUGGUAGAGCUGGAUUGGAGUUACAGAAACCUGGCCCUCUUUGAAUUUGCUAAUUGUUCCUUGCUGUUUUUUGCUUUUGAUAGCAUCAGUUUAUCAGGCAUGCAAGUUUGUCUGUCACACCCUAAAACAGAUUAAUGUUUGACCUGCAACUGGAUCCUUGAGUCACAGGCAUUGGGAAACCUCUGGAUUAGGCAUUUGAAGGGUAGAACACCCUGGGACAGAAAUAAUUACAUGAAAGUAAUCCCGGGCUUCAGUGAUCCUGCCUAUCAGACAAGGUUGUGUCAGAGGGAUCAAUUUCCGAGGUGCUUUUUAAAAACAAAAUAAUAAUACUGAGCCAUCUAUAUAGAUCUAUGUGGUGUGUUCUUUUACAACAGCUUAUACAUAAGAUGUUGCAUGCUAUGAGCAAGAUAUUUUCUAUAAUUUACAUUGUAUUGCAAUUAUUGUGGCCAAAUAUUUAAGUUCGACAUGGCCUCUUUAUAUUUAACUUUUAAACCUUACUCUUUCUUGUUUGGACCACUAUGGAGAUCACUUGAAAACAUACUUCUUUGUCACCUUAUAUGCGAUUCGUUAUUUACAAUGUAAUGAUUUGUAAAUUGUCUCAUCAUCAAUAAUGCAGCCAUGAGAAAAUGGCUCGUGUUGCAGGCCCACUAUGAUAUUUGUCUGUCUGGCCAGCUGCAUAGUGCUCAAGGCACACACAUUUUGGGCACACUACCAAAUGUGCACCUUUUGCACUGUAACUGCACCUGGCACUUCAAACUGCUCAGUAUCAUGUGGUCACCCUGCCUCACUGCGACACUCCCAUUGUAAAUAGUCUCUCAUUCACACUCUGCUAAGCCUUUAUGCUCGUAAUAUGCUCUGUUUCCUGCAUGAUCUUUUACUAACAAACUUAUUGGACAUUUUGUGGCUAUUGAGGCGUCAUUAUUCAUUGUUUUUAUUACAAUUUAUAUUUUUUAUAUCAAAACAUUUGUAAUCAUGGUACUUCCUGUGAAAAAUAGAAACAUAUCACUCUCUUGCACCAUCUACAGUUAGAUUACAGCAUACUGUCAAGCUUCAGACCUUUUUCGCUUUUACCCCAAAAGCCGGGCUUGUUUUUGCAUUUUUAUGUUGCAAUAGAUAGGUUUAGGUUAGACUUAGGUUUAGUGUAAACAGACUUAAUCAUCUGGAAUUUAUUGUAUUGCAGCUAACGCUUUCUAACUAUUUUGUAACAGCAGAUUAACGGAGUGAACUCUGAGUUUUCUUUCAAAGAUUCUGAACUGUCUGAACCGGCCAUUUCUCUCACCGACCCAUAGCGUGAACCCCACCCAACUUUAACUCCAUGUACAUUUAAAACAGGCUGGAACCAAACACAGCAGAUUUGCAGCAGGGAGUGUUUGCAGCCAGAUUAUUCAUUGACACACAUUAGCUUUCAUUCAUUCUUUGACACAGUAGAGGGACAUAAAAGCCUUAAGAAUUCUCUUGGCAGAUACAAUAAGUUUACAUACAAGUAUACUGAUGUGCUUGCAUCAAAUAUGAUUGUGGUGAAGGGACCAUUCCCAGGAUAUUGUGCAGGGUUUCAUCAUCAUGUGUUGGAUUACUCUUAUUGCUUGCCCAGUACUAGAGGGUGUUUGUGUUUGGCAGUUGGACUCAUUUCAGUCCACUGACAUGUCCAGUCAACUCCAAUAUGCUAGUAUGCUAUGUAAUGCUGUAUCAUUUUUGCUAAUUCUAUGUAACAUGUUUAAUGGCUAAUAUUGAAUAAAACUGUGACAAUAACAA